GCCCGGGACGCAAAAAAUGUGCGCUGGAACGGCAGAAAGAAAAGCCACCACCAUCUUUUAUAUAUAGCGGUGGGAUGGAAUGGUGAUGAGCACACCACUCGUAUCAUACUCAUACACCCCCCACCACCCACUUGAUCAGUGCAGGAGAGGAAAACACAUCAAUCAACCCCUCCCAUUCCCCUUGUGCUGCUUGCUCCGGCGUGUUCGAUCUGCUCCCCGGCCAUGGCGACGAGCGCGGUAGGAUCGCCGGUUUCUUUUCCGCUGGAGCUGCUGUACGUGGUCGCGGGCGCGGCCAUCGCGUGGUGCGCCGUGCGGGCGAUGGAGUGGGCGUGGUGGAGGCCCCGGCGACUGGAACGGGCGCUGCGGUCGCAGGGCCUCCGCGGCACGCCGUACCGCUCCGUGGCCGGCGACGCGCCGCUGGCUGAGAGGCUCAACGAGGAGGCGAGGUCCCGGUCCAUGCCGCUGGGCUGCCACGACGUCGUGCCCCGGGCCAUGCCGCUGUUCCACCAGACCAUGAAGGAGCAUGGUAAAAUGUCUAUCACUUGGUUUGGACCGUCACCUAGAGUGACCAUUAGCAAGCCUGAGCUUGUGCGCGAAGUUCUGUCCAACAAGUCCGGCCACUUUGAGAAGCUCAAGUUGGGCCGUCUUCAGAGGAUGUUGCACAACGGCAUUGGUAGCCACGAGGGCCAGAAAUGGGCCAAGCACAGGAAGAUCAUCAACCCUGCCUUCCAUCUCGAGAAGCUCAAGCGCAUGUUGCCAGCUUUCGCUGCAUGUUGCACGGACCUGGUGCAGAGAUGGGAAGGCCUAGCCGCAGGUGAUGCGUCAUGCGAGGUAGAUGUGUGGCCCGACAUGCAGAACCUAACAGGGGAUGUCAUCUCUCGCGCUGCGUUCGGCAGCAGCUACCUCGAGGGCAGGAGGAUCUUUCAGCUUCAGGGGGAGCAAAUCGAGCUCGCCGUGCUCGCCAUGAACAAGAUACAUAUCCCUGGUUAUUUGUUCUGGCCUACAAAAGCCAACCGAAGGAUGAGACAGAUUGCUGCCGAGAUCGAGAGGAUCCUCAAGGGCAUCAUCGCGAAAAGAGAGAACGCCUUGAGGGCCGGCCAAGCCACAAGCGACGAUCUCCUUGGGCUGCUGCUGGAGUCCAACAUGGCACACAGCAGGGAGGGCGGCAACUCCAAGGCCGGCAUCACGACCGACGACGUGAUCGGAGAGUGCAAGCUCUUCUACUUCGCCGGCAUGGAGACCACGUCGGUGCUGCUCACAUGGACGAUGAUCGUCCUCUGCAUGCACCCCGAGUGGCAGGACCGCGCCAGGGAGGAGGUCCUGCAAGUCUUCGGCGACCGCACGCCGGAUUACGACGGGUUGAGUCGCCUGAGGAUUGUGACCAUGGUGCUGUACGAGGUGCUGCGGCUGUACACGCCACUGACGGCGCUCCAGCGCAAGACGUACAAGCCGACGGAGCUCGGCGGCGUCAGGUACCCGGCGGGCGUGGUGCUUAUGCUGCCGCUGUUGAGCGUCCACCACGACAAAGAGGUUUGGGGCGCGGACGCCCGUGAGUUCAGGCCGGAGAGGUUCUCCGAGGGGGUCUCCAAGGCGUCCGUGGACGCGCCGGCAUUCUUCCCGUUCGGGUGGGGCCCGCGGAUCUGUAUCGGCCAGAACUUCGCGCUGCUCGAGGCUAAAAUGGGGAUCGCCAUGAUCCUGCAGCGCUUCUCCUUCGACCUCUCGCCGUCCUACACGCACGCGCCCUUCACCGUUGGCCUGCUGCAGCCUGAGCACGGCGCGCAGGUCAGGCUCAGGAGGCUUCACUGAGCUACUGCUACUACUGUAUUACAAAAUCAGUUGAUCUGCAUGUACAGCAUACUGGUGGAUUCUAAGACUAACUAACGCACUCAAGACUCAACAACGUGCACAAGGCCUGCUUGUGUAUUGACUUUAGAUGGAAGUCGGUUGUAUCACAUGACUGAAGUUUCAAGAGCAACGGUCAAAUUUUCAUUUGGAGAAGCACUAUAUAUACUAUAUCUUACUCUCUCCUUCUCAUAAUA